AUGGGAUACAACAAUGCUCAGGAAUGGCAUUUGCAGAUGAGGAAGAAGUAUGGAGACAGAUAUGCAAUAUUCUUUGGUCAACAGUUGUCCAUUUUCUUGUGUAACGAAGAAGAUAUCAAAGAAGUGUUCAUCAGGAAUUUCUCCAAUUUUUCCGAUCGUGGAGUUGUCGAUAUUUUCAGAGAGACAAAACUGAACGCAUCCCUCCUGCAAAACACGUAUGCAGACGGCUGGAAACAUGUUCGAUCUGCAAUUGCUCCGAUAUUUUCAACUGGAAAAAUGAAGGCGAUGCAUGAGACGAUGAAUACGAAGAUUGGCACGUUAUUGGAGAUUCUGGAAGAGAAAUCAGAGAGUGGAGAGAAGUGGGAUAUUUAUGACGAUUUCCAAGGUCUCACUCUUGACGUCAUCGGGAAAUGUGCGUUUGCAAUUGACAGUAACUGUCAAAGGGAUCGAAAUGAUGUAUUCUAUGUGGAGGCGAGGAAUUUCAUUACUAAUAUUGACUUGAGACAGAAUCCAUUGAUCGGUACAAGUAUAAUAAUUCCGGAACUAAUGUGGCUGUGGAAACUUCUGUACAGGUUCACUGGAUUGGCUUCUGCAGAGUUACCAAUGGUUGGUGGAUUGCAUAAUGUCUACAAAAGAAGACGUGGCGGUGAAGGAUCUGACAGUGUUGACCUCUUGAAACUUCUAUUGGAUCGAGAAGAUGAUAAAACAAAUGGAAUGACAAAGAAAGAAGUAAUUGAGAAUUGUUUCGCAUUUCUUCUAGCUGGAUAUGAGACAACAAGCACUGCAUUGACAUAUUGUGCAUAUUUAUUAUCCAGAUAUCCAGAAGUUCAACAGAGACUAUACGAAGAGAUAGAAGAGACGAAGAGAACAAAACAUGGAUUGGAUUAUGAUUCAAUUCAUCAAAUGAAAUACUUGGAUGCCGUGUAUAAGGAGUCACUAAGAUACUACCCACCUGUUAUUCAUUUCAUAAGCCGUACUUGCCUCUCCGACAUCACCAUCAAUGAUCAAUUCUACCCCAAAGGAUGUCUUGUUACAGUACAAGCCAACACAGUUCACCGUAACAAAGCCAAUUGGGAGAAUCCAGAUAAAUUCGACCCGGAUCGUUUCUUAGAAUCCGCUGAAUCCAAUCAAUUGAAAUGGAUCCCAUUUGGAAUUGGACCAAGAUAUUGUGUCGGAAUGAGAUUCGCUGAAAUGGAAUUCAAGACUACAAUUGUUAAACUAAUUGAGAAAUUUGAGUUGAGUAGAAUUGAGGGAGAACCGGAUUUGAUUCCAGAUUGCAAUGGUGUUAUCAUGAGACCAAAAGAUCCGGUCCGGUUGAGUUUGAAGUUGAGGAAGGUGGUGUAA